GGCAGACGCUGUUGGUCCUUCUUUGUGCAGAAGAGGCAGGAUGAGAUCUGCGUUGGACUUUGGGGUCCUGCUUGUGACGAUGGCCGGCCUGGGGGGCUUCCCUCCCCAGGUACAGAGCGCGGGGCCAAGAGAGCACUUCGUCUACCAGAUGAGGCCCGUGUGCUUCUUCACCCCCCUCAACGGGACCCAGCUGGAGAUCCACUUCCUGCUCACCUACACCUGGGGCCGGCAGGACUAUGUCCGCUUCGACAGCCGCGUUGGGGAGUACCGGGCCAUCAUGCCGCUGGGAGAGCCCGACGCCCGAUACUGGAACAGCCAGAAGGCCACCCUGGAGAGCGAGCGGCACAAUGUUGACCGCUUCUGCCGGCACAACUACGAAGUCGACGGGUCCUUCGCCCGCACCAGGAGUGUCGAGCCCCAGGUGACGAUCAUCCCCACAGACUACGACCCCUCCUCCCUCAACACUUUGCUGGUUUGCUCCGUCACUGGCUUUUACCCCUCAGAGAUCGAAAUCAAGUGGCUGAGGAACGGGAAGGAGGAAGGCGAAAGCAAAGUGGCCACCACCGACCUGAUGAGGAACGGGGACUGGACCUACCAGAUCCACGUCAUGCUGGAAACGCACUUGGAGUGCGGAGACCUCUACGCCUGCCAGGUGGAGCACUCCAGCUUAAAUGGCACCGUCAUCACCGUGCAGUGGGACCCACAAUCGGAUUCUGCCAGGAACAAGAUGUGGACGGGGGUCAUGGGGGUCAUGCUGGGGCUGGUCUUUUUCCUCCCUGGACUCGUCCUCUUCCUGAAGAAUAAGAAAGGGCGGGGCAUUCCACAACCUGCAGGACUUAUCAGUUAAACUUCACAGCUCCAGCUGGAUCCCCAAAGGGGAGAAGCAUUUGUGUUCUUCCUUUCAAAUGGACACCUUUUGUUGCUUGGAGGAUGCAAAGUUCAGAGGCAGCACAGGAAGAACAGAAAAGGACCGUCAGAUCUUCUCAUCUACACCCCACCCUUCAAAAGCACCAUCACUUCUUUGCCUCUUAUUUAUCUGGGGGGGAGUGUUGUAUGGGAGGUGGAGAGAAGCCCCGUGACGUCUUUGCUGCAUUUCAUCUUGUCUUUUUGCCCGUUGAGACUUUUGCACAUGUCUGGUCCAGAUGGCCGCAUCCUGCACUGCCCUUUCUCGGGGAGUCUGGACUCUCCCUUCAGAGCAAUAGGAUCGUGUGGCCUUUUGAAGACUUCCUCCUAGGCUUUGAGAUGCCACCAGUUUCUCUGUCGGUUUAGCUGUAACAGUUUCACACAAGGCCAUCUCUUGUGAGUUGUUCCUGGAGCUCUGGUGGGCUGGAUGGCGGGGGUGGGAUUUGCUGAGGGCUGCCUUUCUUUCAGAUUCACAGGUAUAGAUUAUGGUUUUGAUAUAUGUUUUAGCUACUGGCCACCGCAACAGCCAUGAGAUCUGUGUUGAGCACCACACCUUUUCACACAGUAAGCAAACCAAAACAUAAGUAAAUUAGGUCAGCACUCUGCCAGUUAACCCUCUCCUUACCCCAAAUGCAGUCACUGCCGUAACAAGGUUAGAGGGUCCUGUGUUCAAUAAUGGACAUUGGCCACCCGUUCUUGCUGCGCCUCUGGUGCCACGGAAAUAUUUUACACUAUUCCUUGUGGACAGCCACCACUCGCACGAACACAAAGGUCCCCCCCCCCAGUAGCUCCUUGCCCCUUUCUUCCUCCUCCUCCCUCUAGUUCAUUCUUCUGGCCACCUUCUCUUGCUGCCCUUCUUCCACCCCACUGGCCAGCCAGCUUGCACGGCAAGAAGGGGCUGAAUGGCCUCUUUCCUCGCUCAAGUGCCCUGAGCCUUUUUGGAAGGGUGGUAUAAAGAUCAAAUAAAGAAAUAAAUAAUAAGUGCAGAAAGAGGCCACUCCACCCCUUACUGCUUUGCAAGCAGGCUGGCCAGAGGGGCAGCAGUGGGCAGCAAGGCAGGGGCAGCAAGAGCAACGGCAGGCGGGGAGGCCAAAGCAGUGGGGGAUGAGUCUGUGAGAAUUAGCUCUAUGGGGAGGGGGAGCAGCAGUGGUGGUGGUGGUGGUGGUGGUGGUGGGAAGCGGCAGGAGGGGCGAGGGGGAGCAACACAGUGUUCCCUCCAAGUGACUGUGGGAAGCCUGUGUUCUUGGAAGAUGUCUGCCCGAUGAGAGUUAUGCCGCCGAUCCCAUAACAAUGGGCUAAAUGUAAUGAAAAGAUUUUUUUAAUAAACCACCUUCUUUGGAAAUCUCCCAGGAUCUGUUCUUGUCCCAGAUUGGCUGAUGUGAGGGGCGAGAGUGUUGAGGAGAGUCUUACAGGUCAGCCUUGGCUCUGUGGGUCCUGCCGUCUUUGUGUCCCGCACUCUCCCUUUCUUCCGGAUCCAAAGAUAAUCCGGUUCACUGGGAAAUCUGCUCCUAGGCAAAUGCUAGAGGUCUGUAACUCCCUUUUACUAGUUUGUUUCCCCCUGUAAUUUCCCCCCACAGAAACUGAUGAUUCCUGUUCCAGGGACAGAAUCCUUCCCCCACCUGCUAGCUUUCUUUGCUUGGCAAGAAAUCAGUUAAAUGUAUUGCACAUUUCAGUGGCUUCUUUGAUCAUUGCAAUUCUCUUACAUUGCCCAACAUCAUCUGACUCAUUUAAAUACAGCAAGACAUUGCACAGCACAGCCUUGAUGUGAGAUGAUUUCUUCUGAAUUGUAUCAAUAAAGGGUUUUUUCCA